AUGGAAAAAGAAACGAAAAUUGGAGAUAUUGAGGAUAUGCCUUGCUGCUCAUUUCAAGCUCAGAGAGAGAAGCAGGCUAAGGAUGAACAACAGGUCGACAAAGUGGCCCUGCUUCAUCAGGCUCUUUCUCAAGCAAGCAUUGUACGAGCUUGGCGAUCCAAACAGGUGCAUGUUUUUAUGUGUUAA